UUGACAUAUUUGACAUUGUAUUGUUUGUAUUGCAGUGCAGUGCCGUCUCGUCGUUACAAAUAAAAUUAUAUUCUUUAUAAUUUAACUUUAAAAACAAGGAAAAUGAAUAUUCCUUUCCCAGUUUUAACUCCACGUUUAGUAGAUCCCUUGUGGUUUAACGCAGACAGUCCAUGUGACGAAGAAACUGAGUUAACUGCUUUAGAACAAGCAAAUCAACUUUGGUUAAACUCUAUUGGCCAGCAGUACAUGAAGCGUGCGCCACUUGGCAAAGCUGAUCCUGAGCCUAUGGAGGAAGAAGCUGACACUGAUGAGGAAGAAGGUAAUGAUGAAUCAGACGAAUCUGAAGAAUCUCAUGAUGAGGAUGAGGAAGAGGAUGUUCCAGCUUCAUACUCCCCAGCCCGCAACAAUAACGAGUUGGAACCGGACAGCUUAGAUGAUCUCAAUGACGGAACUGAUCUCAACAGCUCCGAUCAAAGUGCACUAUGGCCUAUACAAUAGCUAGUAUUAAACAUCAGACUUUUAAAUUGGUGAUUUCAGAGGCAGAUUUAAAUGUUCAAUCUGCUUGUCAAUGUGUCUCUUUUAUGUUGAGAUCUAGAUCUUGCAUGGUCUGCCUUUGAGUGAUAUAUUGUCACCAUUAUAUGUAAGAACCCAUUUAUUGAUUUAUUAUAAACAUACAUUGUUUUUGACUGAAUAUUAGAACUAAGAUCUGUCUAUAUAUGUAUAAAAUAAACUUUCUGCAACAUACGCUUUUUCGGUAUUGUUACAUAUUAUAAUAACUGUUGUGAGACUACUGACUUAACGUAACUUGUUUACGUAAAUCUACUGAGAAAAACUAUUACAAUAGGCUGCGCGACGUCGCUGCGACCGCGAACGCUGCUCAUGAAGAAUCCCUCUGAGAAUUCUCAGUGUAUUUACGUAAACAGUUUUUUUCGUUAAUAUUAUAGUACAGAAUAUUCAAAAUUAUCUUUUAAUCACUCAUGUUUUCACUUUACCUAUUUUUCUUUUCUUUUAUUGCUGUAUUGCAAUACAUCUGCUUUGUAUAAAGGUCGACUGGGAAUAAUGUCUAGAUAGCAUUGUGUACAAAUUAAUUUAAGUGGCUUUGAUUGAGAAAUUGAAAAUAAAUACUUUCUAAAAACAAAAGACAUUUUCAU